GUGCUGAUCCCAGUGUUUGCCUUGGGCAGAGCACAAGAACUCUGCAUUCUGCUAGAAACUUACUGGGACAGAAUGAACCUCAAAGUCCCCAUCUAUUUCUCUUUAGGGUUAACAGAAAAGGCAAAUCAUUAUUACAAACUCUUCAUCACAUGGACCAAUCAGAAGAUCAGGAAAACUUUUGUGCAGAGAAAUAUGUUUGAGUUUAAGCAUAUAAAGGCCUUUGACAGGUCCUAUAUUGAUAACCCUGGUGCCAUGGUGGUGUUUGCCACCCCAGGGAUGCUCCACGCUGGCCUCUCGCUGCAAAUCUUCAAGAAAUGGUGCACCAGCGAAAAUAACAUGGUAAUAAUGCCAGGGUACUGUGUGGCAGGAACAGUGGGUCACAAGAUUCUGAAUGGAGUGAGGAGGCUGGAACUGGAGAACAGGCAGACUGUUGAUGUCAAACUUUCGGUGCAGUACAUGUCGUUCAGUGCGCACGCUGACGCGAAGGGGAUCAUGCAGCUGAUUCAGCAGUGCGAGCCCAAGAACGUGAUGCUGGUGCAUGGCGAGGCAGGCAAGAUGGAGUUCUUGAAGAAGAAGAUAUUCCAGGAGUUUGGGACAGAAUGUACAAUGCCAGCCAAUGGAGAGACGGUUACCAUAGCAACAUCUGCAGACAUUCCAGUAGAGGCAUCAGUCAAUUUACUUAAAAGAGAAAUGUCAUCAGGAGCAGGUCCAGACCCCAAGAAACCCAAACUGAUGCAUGCGGCCCUGGUGAUGCAGGGGGCAGAGAAGAUGCAGUUGUUGGAUGCAGGUCAGGCAAUGAAUGAGUUAGGACUGGAGGAACACCAGCUGAGGUUUACUUCUACUGUAGUGAUAGAAUACCCCGGGGAAGUGGAACAGACUGUAGACAGGAUAUAUCAAUAUGUGAAGGGUAAAUUAAAAGACUUCCCAGUACAGUUGUCAGCAGACCAGUCCAUCACUGUGGCUGAUUCCGUCCUGAUUAAAGUCUCUGGUGAUGAUGACGAGGCAGAGAAAGGCGUUCUGGUCUCAUGGUCCUAUCAGGAUGAAGACAUAGGAAGCUACCUCCUAAAAUUACUCAAAAUGGGAAUUCCAAGCACAUGAAUACCAGGGCAUUGUUUGGUAGUGACAGAAGAAUGACUUUGGACACCAGGUGGCAGAGAUAUUCAUGACAGGCUGGUUCCUUGUAGUGCAAAUAAAGUUGGUAAGCAGAGACACUGGUCAAGUAAAACCAGGCCCAGGAGUUUGUCAA